AUGAAAAUGGCAAACAGCUCCAUUAUUCCCAUCAAGUUUUUGAUACUUGUAGGUCUUGCAAACAUUUGUGUUUCACAGGAUUUUGAUUUUUUCUACUUUGUACAACAGUGGCCAGGCUCAUCCUGUGACACAAAGCAAGGUUGCUGCUUUCCUCAGACAGGAAAACCAGCCUCCAAUUUCACCGUUCAUGGCCUUUGGCCUAAUUUCAACAAUGGAUCAUUUCCAUCCAAUUGCAAAUCUGUAGAAAACUCCUUCGACGAAUCCAAGAUGAGUGACAUAGUUCCAAGAGCAGAAACAAGUUGGGCAGCAUUCUCUUGUCCAAGCAAGAAGAAGACAAACAGCACAAACAGCGACAACAUGAAGCUCUGGAAACAUGAAUGGGACAAACAUGGCACUUGCUCCCACUCUGUUCUUCACCAACAUGCAUACUUUGACUUCACUUUGAACCUCAAGGACCACAUUGACCUCCUUCAAAUCCUUCUAAAUAAUGGAAUCAAACCAGAUGGAAAGAACUACAGCGUUGAAAAGAUAAGACAAGUUAUAAAAGAAGCAACAGGGUUUGAAGCUGGCAUAAGAUGCAAUACAGAUGCUUCUGGUAAUAGCCAGCUUAAUGAGAUAGUUCUUUGUGUUGAUAAAUCAGCAGCCUCCAGAAGCUUCAUUGAAUGUCCAAUACUACCAGAUGCAAAUUGUCCAGACAAUGUUGAGUUCCCCAUCUUCUAG